UAGCGAUCGGCUGCAGCUGCAAGGUGCGUGUUAAUCAUUGAAGAAUUGCAUUUAUUUACAAAUGUCAAUAAAGAUAUGAAGAGCCAGUAUCACCAUUGAGGUGACUUGCCAUGUCACAGAGACCAAAAAGGAAAACUGCUAUGAUGACUGCUGAGGUUGUGCCAGGUCCUUCAAGUGCGAUUGAAAGAAGUAUUAAGGAAGCAACUACAUCACUUGAAAUGGAAGAGAAGGAGGAUGCCAGUCCAGACAAAAAGAUAAAAUUAUCAGCAGAAGAGGAUUCAAAUGACGAGAAAAAACAAGAAGAAAUCCAAGCAUACAUGGAUGAGACCUUUGAUAUAAGACGAUCUUUCAUAACUGUUGAAAUGCCCUCUGCAUUAGCAGUGAAGCAGACUUAUCCGCAGUUGUUUACCGGAAGGCAAAUGUUGGCGGAGUUUCAGAGGAUAACAAAUCUUGAUAUUGAUCAUUUGAUUCAGGAGUACUGUGUGAAACACGCUAACAACAUUAUUGGUAUUUCAAAAUAUAUUUCUGGAUCAAGUAUCAUUCUCCGUCAGGCUGAAGAAAUUAAACAGCAAAAUGCAGCAUUGAAACAAUACUGGGACAUGGUUACGGCGUUAUCACUUAUUCCUAUGCUUUUGAAAGAAAACUUUGUUGAAAUGGUGGUUGAAAUCACAGAUGAUCAACAAGUUAAUCCAAAAGGAAAAAUUGUCCCAAUCCUGAUAUCUAAGGGGACCAUUUUUAGAAGUGAUGAAUUUUUCCUGGUCAUUGAAGAAGAAAUCGUCCAAGAAUUUGAAGAAUUCACAAUAGCUUUCGCUACUCUGUUUGCAGCAUACUGGGUUUUUAACAUGCAGUACCCUAAAACAUUGAACAAUUCCUAUAACUUUAUUCAAAAGGCAAUCAUACACCUGAAGGAUGGAACACCAAUACCUCCACCUUGUAAACAACUGGUUCAAAGGUUACAGAAAAUGGAAGCAGCAGAAAGUGCAAAGCAAAAGAAAAAGUAAAUCCAGUGAAAUCUUCAGUACAAUGUGCCAUAUAGAGGACGCUUUUUGUCUACAAUAUCAUGAAGAAUCUCAAAAUACUUAACUAGAAUCUCAUAUAAAUAGUAUUUUGAAGUUAAAGGUUAACAAUAGAACUCAAAUCAAAUAAUUUUGUUUAUCAGUAUAAUUAACCAAAUUAACUAUUGAUAUCAGCUUCAAAUUUUCUUAUGCAUUUGUACAUUUAAGGAGAAAUUUCAGUGCUUUGUAUCUUUAACCAUAUUCUUAGGAGAGCUGAGAAAACACAACAAAUUAUCUCCCUUGGGUGACUUGGGCCAGUAAAAUGACCAACUGAGGUUUUUCAUUCUUAAGUUCAAUAUGGGACACAGCAAGUUUGUGAGUAUUUUGACCAAUAUAUUAUCAGUGUUCAAAAACUGUCAUGUUUUUCUCUUUUUUCUUCAUAUCCAUUUUUCAAGGCACUCUAUAUUCAAUCAUAAUGACCAUGCUUCCUAAAAAGGUUGAUUUGUGUUUUAAUUGAAAUAUUUGUCAUCAAACAGAAUAUUUACAGCUUCCUACAAACUAGAAAAUUUACAAAAUAUCUUGCAUACAUGUAAUACAUUUUAAAACCAUUCUAGAAGAUUUGAUAUACCUUGUUUUUGUAAAGGUGUAAUUUUUCUGAAAGAAUCAUAUUUUGUGGUAUCAUGCUGUUGUGUAUGUGAUUUGUAAGUGAAAAUGUCAGUUUAACUUCAUUUAAGCUUGACUGGCCAUUUAGUCACUAAAAUUUAUUGCCCUUACUUGGUGUUUGUUGUCCACUAUCAUUUAUGACUUGUCCAUGAACUUCUUAAAAUGGAAGAUUCAUUGUAACAUUAGAUAUUAAUCUCGGUGAAGAGGUAUUUGAAAAGAAAAAAAUGUUGAUAAUUUGAUUUUUAACCCUACAUAUCAACCAAUAUGGGAACUGUCACUUUAAAUUUAACAUUAGGCAAACAUUGGUGUUAAACACUGAAUUAUAGAUUUUUCUGUUAAUUAUAAGUAUUUAUGGGGUCCAUAAUGUUCCUUCACAAUUGUACUGUCAAAGCAAAGUUAUAGCUGUUUGUGUUAACAUGGUUAUUAGAAAUUUUGGGAAAAUGAGUAAGGAAAAAUUCAGAGUAAAUAAUUGAUUUGAUCCGAAUUUCAUUCCUUAUCAAAACAGUAUUCAGCACCCCCACUUACAUUAUCUGACAAACAUGUGUUUCAUAUUCUAUAAAUAGUAUCUAGGGGGAAACCAAAAAAAAUGUGAUGGACCGAUACAGGCUCCAGUUUACUUUGAGAUCUGAGUAUGUGAAAAUUUAUUUUACACUGACUAACUUAAAUGCUAAAGUAUUGUUGUUAUAUAGAAAAAAUAGUCACACAAAUAGUAAUUUUGCUUUAUUUGUGAAUUUGUUAAGAAUAUAUAUAAUUCUCUUUGUUACUGAAUUGAUUUCUGUUGUGCUGUAUGACCAAACAGAUUCCUAUCCUCAUACCUUUAAAAAAGUUAUGUUUCAAAGUGUUUCUUUUAUUCAUUUUCACAAUAGUAUCAUAACCACUCGUGCAUCUUAUAGUUGCAGACAAAUGGAAACUGUGGUUUAAAGGACUGAAAUAAUGUCAUUCGACAUCAAGCAGAUUUUGGGCAGUAAAGUAUUUAUUCUUUUAACCUCCACGAUAAAUUCAUAACCACUCAUCAGUCAAACAGGCCCUGUCUUGUGACCUACCAUAGAUCAAGUGCACCUUGAAUAUUUUGGUAUACUAUAGGAAUGAGCUUCAAUACCCCUAUUUAUAGUAACUUGAAUCAUUCAGACGUUAUAUUCAGACCCUGUGAGUAGGAGAGAUUGAUAGCAGGGAAGGUUUGAAUUAUUCAGACGAUAUAUUCAGACCCUGUGAGUAGGAGAGAUUGAUAACAGGGAGGGUUUGAAUUAUUCAGACGUUAUAUUCAGACCCUGUGAGUAGGAGAGAUUGAUAACAGGGAGGGUUUGAAUUAUUCAGACGUUAUAUUCAGACCCUGUGAGUAGGAGAGAUUGAUAACAGGGAGGGUUGGAACUAUUCAGGUUAUAUUUGUAGUGGAGGUACUGUACUGUGGACUCCACUUGUUAAAGGCAUAAUCCUGUUUUUUGCAUAAAAUUUCAAAAGAAUAAAACUAUAUAUCUUAUAUCUUCUUUAUAAAAAAAAAUCUCUUAAUUGCAUAGGUUAAAACAAAAAUUCCUGUUAAUUGCAUUAAAAGAUAUAAAAAAUGAUUCCAAAUGAAGUAUUCUAGGGAAAUAAUGCAACUAUUUGUGUUAUUUAACCAAUUAGUGAGAAGGAAAUCAGAACAUCCCAAAUAGUGUUUUCAGAGGUGUCAUAAGUAUUUUGUUUUUGAAACAAUAGUGUGUCCUUCCUUUGUUUGAAUCAACAUCAAAGAUCCUUCAUAAGUGUCUCAAGUGUGAUUUUUUUUUUAACUAUAUACAUACUUUUACCUAAAAAAAAUAUGAGGAAGAAUGACUGAUUUUUUUAGUAAAUUACUAUUUUUGUUAAUUGCAUAAUUUUCUCUGGGAUUUUGCCUAUGCAAUUAAGAGGAAUCCACUGAAGUUAAAAGUGAUGUGUACAUUUUACUGUUAACUUACUGUGGAUUCGUUAUUAUUCGUUGGAUACCAAUUUUCGUUGAUUUAGUUGGUACAGGUGAGGCAGGAAUUUAAAUGUUCCACGAAUUGCAAGUUUUCUGUAGGGUUGUAUGCAGACUUUGGCAAAACCACGAAAUCAAA